AAUCAAUUUAUUUGCAAAGAUAUAAAUUACUAAACAAACAAUGUAAUACAUCAGUUAACGUUUCGUUGUCGUGUUUACCUAUCUGUACAGCUCAACCAUGGCAAACAUACCUUUAAUUAAACUGAAUAAUGGUCUUUCUAUGCCCGCUUUGGGUCUGGGCACCUGGCAGGGCCCUCCGGGCAGAGAGGCUGAAGUAGGUCAAGCUGUUAAAGACGCGAUUGAUGUGGGCUACCGACAUUUUGAUUGCGCUCACGUUUACGAGAAUGAAAAAAUAAUUGGGGAAGCUAUACAAGCUAAGAUUAAGGAAGGAGUCGUGAAAAGAGAAGAUCUGUUCAUUGUCAGCAAAUUAUGGAACACUUUUCACAGACCAGAUUUGGUGGAACCCAUGAUAAAAGAAACAUUAAGGAACCUUCGGUUAGAUUAUCUCGACUUGUACUUAGUUCAUUGGCCUUAUGGACUUAAGGAAGGGCCGGAAUUAUAUCCCACUGAUCCGAAAACAGGUUUAUUCAUUUCCAGUGACACUGACUACGUUGACACUUGGAAAGCAAUGGAAGAAGUAAAUAAAAAAGGUCUAACCAAAUCGAUUGGCAUCUCAAACUUCAACAGCAAGCAAAUCGAAAGGCUGUUAAAAUCAGCCAAAGUCGUGCCGGUUACAAAUCAGAUUGAAUGUCACCCCUAUUUGAACCAAACCAAGUUGCGUAAAUUUUGUUCGGAUAGAGGUAUUACGGUAACUUCGUAUAGUCCGUUAGGGUCUCCAGCGAGGCCGUGGCAAAAACCUGGUGAUCCCGAUGUCAUUAACGACCCUAAAAUCAAGGAAAUCGGAAAUAAGUACGGAAAAUCUCCUGCGCAAAUUUUACUCCGAUAUAACAUUCAGCUGGGCACUAGUGUAAUUCCGAAGAGCUCGAAUAAGCUGAGGUUGAAGGAAAAUAUGGAUAUUUUCGAUUUUGAAUUGACUGCGGAAGAUAUGAAAUAUAUCGAUACUUUUGACUGCAAUGGGAGGAUUUGUCCACACGCUGAGGCUAGAGAGCACCCUCUUUAUCCCUUCAGACCCGAUGUGGAAUUUUAAUGUCAAGGGAAAACAUUGUUGCAAUAUUUUAUUCAGAUUAGUACUUUUGUUUUAAACGCUGUUUGGAUCUACAUCGUUUGUAAUGAAGUGCAAAAUAAAUCAUUUUAGAAUGUAGAUAA